AAGCGACAGUUACAUUGAGGAGUUGGAAAAUAAUUCCACAUAAACAUAUUAAUAUCUAAGUAAAUGGUUGUGAAAAAUGAAUUUGCUUAUACUAUGGAGUGUAUUGCUUUUUUAUGUAUACGUCGACGACAUAAAUAUGGCACCAUCGGAAUACGUUAUUCCAAUUCCCGGGAUAGGAAGUGACGUCAUAAUGGACCUGUCCAUUACCGCUACAAAAGAUAACACUUCCGUCACUAUCAUCUAUACACAGGGAAAUUCCUCUAUGAUAAACCAGACACUCUCGGUGGAGUACUUGACAACAACAGUGCGCUCCUAUACCAUUCCCCAAAGUGCCAUCACCCAAGGCUCUGCUGUAGGAAACGGCAGCCUGCACGUGUCGGCAACAAAAGGCAUCGACUUCCUUUUUGUGACCGCCACUUCCAGUGACAACGAAGGCUUCAGACCGCUCGCAUCCAACGACAUAGGCACGGAAUAUCUCAUUAGUACGUUCUGUGACGCGGGCGGCAUCUGUCAGGUAGCGGUGGCGACCACCAAGCCAGGAUUAACAGAGGUGUACGUUUCGCUUCCGGCGGAGACGACGGAAGUGGUGCUCUGUGUGGGACCACUCAAAUGGCUUAGUCACACGCACACCAGCCUCACCCUCACAUACCCGGAAGUUCUCCAGAUUGAGACCCCACAGGAUCUCACUGGUACACACAUCUUCACCGACAAACCUGUGUCUGUUGUGUCCGGCACGAGGUCGUUCCCGGGAGCCGGCGACCGGUCCGUCCACUUUAUGGAGCAACUUGUUCCCUUGAACGGCUGGAGCCAAGAGUUCCUUGUGCCCGCUUCCGAUGACUCCCACACCAACAUCGUGCACAUCACGGCCGCUCACCAGAGAACCACAAUUGAAAUGAGCGGCUUCCUGAGUGUGCUCAUACCAAGGAAGGGUAUGACAAUUAGGAGAAUGUUGUUUAAAGGUGAAGUCUCGCACAUCAAAGCUGACAAGAGCGUUCAGGUCGUUUUGUACGUCGGAUUUACGGACUCGAACAUAUAUACUUCCAUUUUUGAUUCUGUUGCGAUGUCAAUAGUGCCAGCUUUGGACCAGUUCCAGUCAACAGCGGUUCUCAAGUGUCCGCAAGCGGGCACACACAAUGUGAGUGUGCAGUAUAUCGCCCCGAAGAGCGCUUCCAUAUCUUUGUCCUCUUUAGAUAUUGUGACAACUGAGAGUCUGAAAUUCACCGAUUUCGACGUCUGGCGUUCAACACAAGUGAACCCGCAAAUUAUAUCGGAACUUUCAAACCUGAACUUCGGUGGCAUUAUCCGUUGCAAUAACACUAUGACCAGCAUGUCGCCGUUGCUAAUACAGGCCAGCGAGCUCUGUGCGUCAUACCUGGCGUACAUGUUUCCGGGGGACGGGGUGGACAACAACUGCAACGGUCGGAUUGAUGAGGACUUAUGUACAGAAAACACAGUUGUACCUAUGAGUGAUAAGGAGGUUACGAAUGGCACACUUGGAGCUUCUUUAGUGAAUGUCAACGGCUUUCGGUUGUUGUUACUGCGAGUGCGUACGUGCAGCGAGGUGAACGUGAAGCUCCGAGACGAGAAUGUGACGGACGAGGCAAUUAACCUGCAGCUUAAUUCUGGUCACAUGACGCUCGUCCACUGUGAUAGUGGCGGCUGUAAACCGAUGGAUUCUGGGAAGCCUGGAAACAUCGGGUCCUUUAACUGCUCAAGAGACGUGAUGUUUUACUGGGUGCUGCGGUCCGGGAGCGCUCUGUGUAUGAACGUGGGCCACUGGCCGGGCGCCGACUGUGUUGGGGCCACCGUCAAGAUGAACCCUGUCACAAUUAACUUCACACAGAUGAUCGUUACACACACACUCACAGAGGCACAGGUCUGGUAUGAUCUGUACCGAUAUGACUGCGGAAAGUUUGUUUCCGACUGGCGUUGCCAGGACAGUGUGUCGAACUGCAAGCACUACCAGGAGGACUUGUGCACUAACACACAGUACACGGACUGGGUCGCCCAGAACUGCCCACGAUUCUGCGGCGUAUGUGUUCCAGACAGCUCAGGAAGGAUGUUUGUGGCAGUGUCAGAUGAUGUGGGGAAACAAUUUGAAUUGAGCCUUGUUGAAAUCGACAACACAUUUGAUCCGUAUGUUGGCAUGAUUACGAGGCACCAGCGAUUGAUGGAUAGAUGGUCGCGCAAAGAGACGAGCACACCGGGAAUGUUUGUUUCCCAAUACGGGUCAACAGGUCAAAACACGUUUAUUUUCGCCAGCGACGAUGUUGUAGUCUACCAGAGGGUGUCAUCUUACUCGGUCAGUCCUCUUCUUCCCGUUGAUGCACUCGGCAGUGAAUAUGUAACCCUUUCAUUUGGCACUGCGAAUGACGACCUAUAUUGCAGUAUUGUUUCUUCACUGCCACAUAUUAGAAUUUCAAUAUACACGAAAUCGAACCCGCCAUUGUCGUCACAUGGUGUAGUUUUGCGGCAUGUAUUCAAUGAGAGCCAAACAGGUUCUUUGAUCAAGUCAAACACGGGGGCGCCUGUUGUGGUGAUAUGCGGAACAGAUUCGUCCGCGUCUAUCGGAGAAACCGCGUACCAGCUCCCACCCGUCCGGUCCUGGGGAGUCGAACACCGAACUCCAGCUUUCCGCUACCCAGGCCUGUCAGCCAAGCUCAAGGUGGUGACGAACAAUGACAACACUCUGGUUCGCGUCAGUGGGGACUUCAAUGGUGCCUACGUUCUCGAUGAACGUGGAGAUUACAUUGAAUUUGACAUAGAUUCCGGCGUCUCUUACACCGUGAAUUCGUCGUUUCCGAUCCUCGUUGCUUUGCUCCAUUACAAUGAAUCUGGUUUACACGAGGGCCAUAUCAGUUUCGUUCCGCCUGUGACGAGCUUUGCUGGUACACCGCUUGUCUACAUGCCCAACUCCUCCCCAACAGUACAUUACGUUAAUCCCGAGGGUGUGACUUCCAACAUCACUGAUCCUGGUAACACGAGUAAACAUGUGUAUGAUUACACCGUGACCUCGUCUCUUAAGGAAUAUGGCCUUGCGUCCAGUACGGACUACUCCGCGAUCUUUGAUUUGACAUCGACCACCCGCCAGUUUGUGGACAGCUUUCAGGCGGGCCUUUGCGUGUUGGGAGCGGGGACGGCCGGAGACGGGGUGGAUGGCGACUGUGACGGCCUUCCGGACGAAGAACCAACAUGCACUUCGACAUACGGCGCUCUCAAUAAUGAUACAGACCUUGACGGGGCGUAUGGCGAGGACUGCGCGACAAUAGUAACAGGUUAUUCGACUUUAAUGCCGCCUCCGGAUCCCGAGUGUUCCAUUGCCCCGGUUAACCGAACUACUGGUUGCUGGAAGGAAUGCGCGUGCAGCUGCGAGUGGGCGGGCUCGCUGGCGGAGUACCAGGCACUCGGUGAGCAGGGGCAAGAGGAACAUAAUAGACAGGCAGUGCAGUAUUACAUAGAAGCGCUGAAGAUGGACGUGAAUGAGCUUUCAUCUACGACAGCGGAACACGUUAGUGCGGAGGAUGACCGGACGUCGUCUUCGUCCAUUGGCACGGUAGCGGUUAUUUUCAUAGCCCUGCCGUUCGUCCUCAUCGGCGCAAUCGACGCAAUUCGCCUCUACAGGUACUUCCGGCCUGGCGUAGAGGAAGGUAACCGUAACUAA